UGAAUAAUAAUUGUUAAAAAAACUAAUGCAUUUAAUAAAUUCUUAAAAUAACAUUUUUGUUGGGGGCUAUUUCAACCAAAAUCAAUCAAGGAAGAAUUGAAAUUGGAGACAACAAUUUGGAAUAGAAAUUCCUUGCCCUCUUUCCCGUCUAUGAUGAACUCAAAUCCCAUCAAACUCGAACAUUAUUCAGUGUCACUAAUUCUUGCGAAUGGGCCAGCCUAGCCGGUUCUAAAAUUUAAAGUUUAAUCUUUUUAUCUAUCAAUUUUGACCCGUCAACAAGGAAGGCUCGAGUCUACCGAUCCUCCUAAGGUCCAAACCUUAACCAUAAGCUUGGCCUGUAGGAUCCUAAUUUAGGCUUUAGUUUGGACUUUUUUAUUAAAUUUAAAAUUCAUUAUAAAAAAAAAAAGGAUUAUAAUACAAAAAUCUGAAAUGCAUUGCACGAUUAGAAUUGCAUAAAUCAUGAAAAAAUAAAAAAAUAAAAUAUUUAUUAAAAUACAAAAUUACAUCAAUACAUCUAUUAUGUUAUUAAAUUGUAUGCAUCUUUAAUCUCACAAAAAUAUAAUUGGUGUGCUCAGUCAUUUUUUUAUGUAUCUUGUUGCCUUAUCAAAAAUGCAUAUCUACACAGACCACCGCCCCAAAAAAUAAAUAAAUUAAUAAAUAAAUGUAUUUAGUGUAGGAUUCGGACUAGGCUUUGAAAAGCCCAUCAAUCUGGGCUUAUGGGCCAUGCCAAGGGCCUCACCCCUUCAAUCCAAGCCCACUCCAUAUAUUUUAGGCCCAGUCUAGUCCGGUCCAUUUUGAGGACUGGGCUGCUCUGGCCCAAUAGGCUAUGACUUUUUGAUGGACAAAAUGAAUCUCCUCCGUCUAUUUGUUUCUCCAUCAAAACCGGUUGUGUUGCAUUUUCAGAUUGGUAAAGGUGACAGAAUGUAAGCAAUACAUAUCCCAACUUUCUUUCAUAUAAAGUAAGGUAAAAUUAUUAGGUGUUCACGAAAUAUUAUAUGUUUAUAUUUUUUUUUAUUAAUUAUUAUUUAUUAUGCCUUUCAUAUUAAUCACUAAAUGCAAAUCAUAUUUAUUAAUUAUAAUAUCAUAAAAUAACAGGUAACCAUUCUUUGAAGUACUCAAUAAUCACAACCCAAAGUCCUCAAACUUUGACACUUUGCUUUCGCCUAAGAUCAUGGGUAUUAAUUGACACCAGUUGUCCAUAUAAAAGUUUCAAACCCCCUCAUCCAUGGCUUCUUCUUCUUCAUAAACAACCCAAAUCAACUCAAGCCCUCUUUCACCUCUUAAAAAAUGCAUAAUCUUUCUCAUCAAUCAUCUUCAUCCCCCAAAACCCAACACUCUCGCCUCACAAAACUCAUCAUAAUCUCAUCUUCCUUAUGCAUUGUCUACCUCCUCCUCUCCCUCCUCCUCCUCCACACUUCCAAGCUCGUCAACUUAUCAAGAUCUUCUCAAGACCUGAAAGCAUCCACCUCCAUCGACCACCUCGUCUUCGGCAUUGCCUCCAAUCACAAUUCUUGGCCUCGAAGGAAAGACUACGUUAAGCUAUGGUGGAGACCUCAUCAAAUGCGAGGCUGCGUUUUCUUAGAAAACAGGUCACCCUCAACUUCCUCCCAAAACGACACCUCUCUCCCUCCGGUUUGCCUCUCCGACGACACCAACCGGAUUCGGUACCUGAACCGGGGCGGGCUCAGGUCGGCUAUCCGGGUUGCUCGGGUGGUGUCCGAGAUUGUGGCUAUGAACCAUUCGAAUGUGAGGUGGUUUGUGUUUGGUGACGAUGAUACGGUUUUCUUUCCCGAGAAUUUGGUGAAGACUCUUUCAAAAUAUGACCAUGAGCUUUGGUACUAUAUUGGGAAGAAUUCUGAGGUUAUUAUGCAGAACAAGGUUUUUUCUUUUGAUAUGGCUUUUGGUGGAGCUGGUUUUGCUCUUAGUUAUCCUUUGGCUAAAGUGCUUGCUAAGGUUUUUGAGUCUUGCUUGGAAAGGUACAUUUAUCUUUAUGGAAGUGAUGGUAGGGUUCAAGCUUGUGUUGCUGAGCUUGGCAUUGGGUUGACUCGUGAGCCCGGUUUUCAUCAGAUGGAUAUUCGGGGAAACAUGUUCGGUUUGUUGGCUGCACAUCCAAAUACACCAGUAGUGUCUAUGCAUCACUUGGAUUUCACAGAUCCAAUCUUCCCCAACAUGACAACUACACAGGCUCUAGAGCACUUACUUGAAGCUGCAAAGGUUGACCCUCACAGGCUCUUGCAGCAAACAGUGUGCUACGACAGAUGGUUUUCGUGGACAGUGUCGGUGUCGUGGGGCUACGCUGUUCAAGUCUUUGGCAACCGCGUGUUCUUGCCGGAUGUUCUUCGUACACCGCAGUCGUUCAUCCCGUGGAAAGGGGGAAGUGUUUUGGCUGAAUCGUAUGUUUUUGACACGAGGGAAUAUCACCCGGAUCCCUGUCGAAGGCCUGUUGUUUUCUUCUUUGAAAGGGUGGACUAUGCCAAGGGAGGAGGUGGAAUCAAGAGCAGUUACAGAAAGAUGACAAAUGAAGAUUGCGCAUUUGACACGGGUUCUCCAAGGAAAAUUGAAGCGAUUACAGUGUUGUCACAGAAACUAGACCUUGAUAUCAAACAGUUGCAGGCACCGAGACGGCAUUGUUGUGAUAUAUUGCCAUCUUCAGCUGGGAAAACAAUGGAAAUUUCCAUCAGACAAUGCAGAGAAGAAGAGUUGAUUUACAUGCACCCGUAAUGCUUUUAUGAUUAUAGAUAACAUCAGCGGCCGCUUCAUUCAUGACCUUCUGAUUUGACUAAAUCACAUGCAAUGGUCAAUGCCAAAGCUGGAUCAGACACUUGUGUCAUGCCAUUUUAUGGAGGUCAUAGAUCAUGACAGGACAUAGAUGAGCACUAAUUAUCAGUGGAUAUUGGAUUUCUUGCUUUGUGGGACAAUUCCUGAAGACUCAACUUCAGGCCCAAAGUGAAGCCCCCAAGUUUUGCAUUGGCCUCUCUAGCUAGUCUUAAUUUGCAGCAGCAAAGGAAAAUUCAGAAUCUGAAAGAUUUGUGAGUAUUUAUUGAGCUGGUAGAAGAAACUUCAACUAAGCUUAUGUAUACCGGGUUUUUGUUUAUUAAGAAACUUGUGAGUUAAUCAAAGAAAAAAUUCAUAUUGUACCAAA